UUGUUCGAUUUGAUCCUGAUUAUUGUUCCAGGAACAAAAAUCGAACCGGCCAAAUUUGAAUUUUGAAAAAAAGGAUUUAAAAAUCGAUUCAAAUUGAAUGGAAUUUGAUGAAUUGUUGUUUUUUAAAGGUAAAAUUAACAUAAAUAAAUUUGAUCCGACGGUUUAUACCAAAUAAAGAAAUUUUAGUUAAAUGAGAUGACACGUGGCCCUCUUUUGCAUAACUUUACCACUCUUGGAACUCUCUCUCGCUUCACGUGUUGAAGCAAAUCCUAGCGUGACUGAACUCGCCGAGGCGCCGACUGUUCUCGGCAACCCUCACUUUUCUCUCCGCCGAUAAAGCUUCCGUGAUCUCGUUUCUGGAUGGUUUUUCUCCGUUAGAUGUAAUCGAGCGGACGUAAAUUUGUGCAUAUUUAUGCGUAUAGGGGAAUUAUUAGGUAGGAGCGUUUGAGAGCCUCAUAAACUGUAAGUUUGGAUCGCAUGAGUGCAAUGAAUGAGGAUCAAAAUGGUAAAACAAAGACGGUAGAAAAUCAUAGAGUUCACAGCAGUAAGGAUGUCAUGUCUGGGAAUCAAUUAUGGACUGAUGGACUUAUUUGCGCUUUUGAGUUCAUCCGACCGGCUAAAAGACCGGUCGCCCCGAAAUCCACUUCAAGUAUCAAACCAUCUCGUAGAUUAGAUGAUUUUAGUGUGAAGGGCCAAAUGCACUAUGAUGGACGAACAGAGUCGAAACCCCAGAUUUCUCUUCUGGAAUCUGAGCCCCUUCUUGAACUGGAGGGUCAAACAGCUGGCUCUUCUAACUUGGAUGGCCAGAAAUCUCAAUCAGGCAGAGUGCAUACCGAUGAAAGGUGUGAAAGGAGUUGUUGGGUUCCGAUUGGAUGGGCUAGGAUUUCAGAACUCGUCCGAACAGUCCAAGCUGAUGCAGAAUGGGCCACUCAACAUUUUGAAUUUGUGGAUGGUGAGGAUGACAUUACUGUUGCUGACUUAGCUGCUCCAUACUGGGAAAGGCCGGUUGGGCCUACGUGGUGGUGCCACCUUUCUGCCGGCCAUCCUAAUAUCGAAGCGUGGCUUAACACCGCCCAGUGGUUGCACCCUGCCAUUAGAACUGCUUUGAGAGAUGAGAGCAGAUUGAUAAGCGAACGAAUGAAACACCUCUUGUAUGAGGUACCUGUAAGGGUUGCUGGAGGUUUACUGUUUGAGCUUUUGGGACAGUCUGCUGGUGAUCCCUUUGUUGAAGAAGAUGACAUUCCUGUUGUUCUUCGUUCAUGGCAAGCUCAGUACUACCUUGUCACUGUUCUACAUGUUAAAGGAUCUGCUUCGAGAAUUAAUGUGUUGGGCAUUACAGAAGUUCAGGAACUUCUUCUUGGUGGUGGUUAUAAUACUCCAAGGACAGCACAUGAAAUUAUAGCAAGUUUAGCUAGCCGCCUAGCACGGUGGGAUGACAGGCUAUUCCGGAAGUCCAUUUUUGGGGCAGCAGAUGAAGUGGAACUGAAGUUCGUGAAUAGGAGAACCCGUGAAGAUUUAAAUCUCCUUGGGGCGAUACUCAACCAAGAAAUAAGAAGGUUAUCAAGACAGGUUAUUAGAGUGAAAUGGUCUCUCCAUGCAAGAGAAGAGAUAGUUUUUGAACUCCUCCAGCAUUUGAGGGGAAAUUUGACAAGAAGUCUGCUGGAAGGGAUAAGAAAGAGUACUAGGGAAAUGAUUGAAGAGCAAGAAGCAGUUCGUGGCCGCCUGUUUACCAUCCAAGAUGUCAUGCAAAGCACACUCCGCGCAUGGUUGCAGGAUAGGAGCCUUACGGUCACUCACAAUCUAGCAGUUUUCGGAGGAUGCGGCCUUGUUCUCUCCAUCAUCACCGGGUUGUUUGGGAUCAAUGUGGACGGGAUCCCGGGUGCAGAAGGCACACCGUACGCAUUUGCUCUAUUUGCAGGACUCCUCUUCUUCAUAGGCGCAGUGCUAAUCGCAGUCGGGUUGAUCUACCUCGGGUUAAAGAAACCCAUAAGAGAAGAGGACGUUGAAGUGAGGAAGUUGGAAUUGGAGCAUUUAGUGAAGGCGUUCCAGCAUGAGGCAGAGACACAUGCCCAAGUCCAUAACCCUGUCUCUCGGCAUAAUUUGCCCCCAACAGCUGGAGAUAAGUUCCAAUACGAUGCGGACUACGUUCUUAUCACCUAACGUACCAACCACAUGUAAUUCGACACUAACAAAUCCAACUAUCGUUGAAGAAUAUUUGCUCUAUUUACGUUUUUUGUAUAACAUUUCGACUUAGAGGUGAACGGAAACAAAUCAGAUCAAUUCACACAUCGUUUGUAAA